AUAAUAUCACACUGGCAUCAAUCAACAAAUUUAACUCAAACUCAAAUUAAAUCAGUUAUCACAGCUAACCAAAUAUUUCAGUGUCCUUUGUAUAUGGCAAAGAAACACCAAUAUGUAGCCAUUUUAAUAGCAGUGAUGGCAAUCCUUAGUGGAGCCCAUCGGAUGAAGCGCGUAGCACCGCCCGAAUUUCAUGGAGAUGACACGCUCGAGUUGGCCAAGUACGUGGUGUCCAUCAGAUCGAGAACCCCAAACAAGUAUUUCGGCGACAAUCACUAUUGCGGUGGAGGGCUUCUAUCCAACCGAUGGGUGCUUACCGCCGCCCAUUGCGUCAUGGGACAAUCUAAGAUCAUGUACAAGGCUCGAUGGCUGCUGGUGGUGGCCGGAUCUCCACACAGACUGCGUUAUGUCCCCGGAAAGUCGAUCUGUUCGCCAGUGACAAGUCUGUACGUCCCAAAUGACUUCACCAUGCACAACACCUACAACAUGGCUCUAAUGAAACUACAGGAGAAAAUGCCCUUGAAUCAUCCCCGCAUUGGAUUCCUUCACCUGCCGAACACGGCACCGAAAAUUGGCUUCAAACACACAGUCCUCGGCUGGGGAAGAAUGUAUUUUGGCGGCCCUUUGGCCGUGCACAUAUAUCAGGUGGACGUGAUACUCAUGGAUAACGCGUUGUGUAAGAAGUAUUUCCGGCACUACGGGAAAGGAAUGAUGUAUGCUGGUAAAAAUAAGUGGACAGACGCGGAUCCGUGCAGCGGCGACAUCGGAUCUCCAUUACUUGACGGAAAGGUGGUUGUCGGCAUUGUCGCCUAUCCGAUUGGUUGCGCUUGCACCAAAAUUCCGUCUGUCUAUACAGACGUAUUCAGCGGCUUAAAGUGGAUCAGGCAAACGGCAUAUGACUUGGCCAGCACCAAUGAGUCGAAUCCAGCCAUCAUCUUCAUACUAUGCUAUGUAGCUCAUGUCUGUUUAAAUCGCAUAACGCUAAACUCGAUUUAAUGAUUGAAUCCUGCUUAAGAGCAAACACUUUGUAUUUAAAUAUUCGAUCUAAGCUCCCAAAUUAAACAGAUAAUAUAACCAGUAA